UCGCAUCUUAAAGGUCUUAUCUUCCUCUCCUCUCCUCUCUCUCUCUCCGCCGUCAAUGUUUCGGUUUCGAUUCUCCUCUUCCUCUUGACUUUCUUCUUCUCUCUUUUGCUGCGAGAGAAAAAGGGUAAGAAAGAGAAGCUGAGGUCAACCUUCUCGGUAGAGGAGACUUUCUGGAAACAUCUAUCUCAUGGACCCAUCUUUCGCAACGCCGCUGUCGGAAACCGCCGCUGUGGUUACCGGAGAGAAUGGAAUUACGGUGGAUCCUUUUCUGGUCGAGGCUUUGCAGAACCCUCGUCAUCGUCUCACCAUUUUGCGGAUGGAGCUUGAUGUUCAACGGUUCUUACAGAGCCAUGAGCAGCAGCAGUUCGAGUUCCAGCAUUUCCCUACUUCGUAUCUCCGCCUUGCCGCUCAUCGUGUUGCUAACCACUAUGGACUAGCUACAUUGGUUCAAGACGGCGGUGUGGAUGGCAAUGAGAACAAAAUCCUUGUGACGAAAACAGCGGCGAGCAGGUUUCCUGCGGUUAGGUUGUCUGAUAUCCCGGUGGCUAAACAGUCAGAGAAUGGUAAGUUUGAGCACAUGAAAGUUUCUAUCAAGACUCGACCUUCUAAAGGAUCUGGAUACGAUGCUGGUGAAGUUGAAAAGAAACGUGGUCCUCUUAGGAGUGUUGAAGAGAGGAAAGAAGACUAUGACAAGGCUAGAGCACGGAUUUUUAAUGGUCUCACUGGCUUCAGUGGUGAUGAAUCAUCUCCGUCUGAAACUCAGGUUUGUGAGAGGAGUACAAGUCUUGGCAGAGAUGAGAAUCAAGCACCUAAGAAUGCUUACGUUGAGAUAAAGAACAGGGAAACAUCUCGUGUUGCAAUUCUUAGAGACAGUGAGAAAGAUCGGUUUGAUCCUGAUUAUGACCGCAAUUACAAAAGGUACAUUAGGAGCCUUCCGGUGAAUCAGAAUUCCCAUCCACCACCCUUCAACAUGAUGCAGCCACCACCAUACUAUGGAAUGGGAUUUACCGGAUAUAACCAUGUCCCAAAUACUCCUGCUGCUCUCAACUUUGGACCACCUGCAAGCGCUAUCAUGAGUCCUUAUGGCACCACAGUUGUACACCAGCCUUCAGCGGAUGCAAUGUAUAUGCAGUGGCCUAUGAUCUAUACUCAUUCGUAUGAGCAGUUCAGGAAUGCUUCUCUUCAGGCACAGUUCUGUCAGCAACCCUUGAGCUUCGAGUACAUGCAGAACCGCUAGGCACUAAUUGUCAGGCUUUAAGCCCCCAGUGCAAUUUUUAUCUCUGUUUACCAACUUCUUUUAUAAGACCUAUUAUUGUUGUAAUGGAAAUUUUUGAAAUGUAAUGUCACAAGGAAGAAGAAGAUAAUCCUUUUAUUUUCUCUUAAAAGUAUCAGUGAACUGCUAGCUUUAUUUAUGGUUCAUAUCUUUAUUAGAACUGCUUCAGUGUGGGAUCCAAUGCUACAUGUCAUUGCACGAGAUACGAAUCAGUAAAACAAGG